AUGAUUAUUUCCUAUUCAGUGGCCGAUGCGCCUAAGAGGCCCGGGUAUAUAUACAACGUGCUGGCCGCCUCUCGGCCAACACAGUCUUUCAAGCAUUCAAGCACGAUGAAGCUGACCCUCCUCGUCUGCCUGGCUGGUGUCGUGGCCGCCUCGGCGCUACCCCAGGUGCAGGACCGGCACCCCGAGUACACCGCCGAGACCCUGGUGGACGAGCGCGAGGACCAAGGCGACGGCAACUUCAGGUACCGCUUCGAGACCAGCAACGGCAUCAACGCCCAGAAGGUUGGCACCCCUGGAUCCGAGGGCCAGAGCAACAUGCAAGGAAGCUUCAGCUUCCCCUUGACCGAUGGAGGAGUCGCUGAGUUCACUUACGUCGCUGACGAGAACGGUUACCAGCCCUCCUCCGACCUCCUGCCCGUCCCCCCUCCUCUCCCCCCUCACGUCCACAGACUUCUUGAGAUCGCGGAAGAGCAAAGGGCCCAGGGAAUCACGUUCGAAUAAUGAUCAAUAUCCUGAGACUCAACAAGCACACCAUGUACAUAAUACCUGUCUCCCCCUUAAACUCAAAGAAACUCUGUUGUUAAUAUAAGUGAAUAGAUACUAACUUUAUUGUCAAUAUACAUGGAUAAAUACGUUGCAUACUAAA